AUGUGGGAGGCGGACGUCGUCAGCUCGACGACCUGGGCCACGGGGCGCGCAUGCCGUGCCGCCGACUGUCUGCAGUGGUCCGAGGAGGGCCUCCUCGCCGUUGUCACGGCCGGCGCCAUCCACAUUGUGACGCCCCUCGUGGGCUACGCACGCGACGACGCGGGCGAUGUGGCGCAGGCGUCGCAGGCCCGCGCGCCCUGGUCGGUGACGAGCGUGGAUGCCAAGCGCGAGCUUGCGCGCAUGCCGCCGGCGCCUGAGCCCGCCGACGAAGAGAUUGCCGCGGCCACCGCGCCCAGCACGCUGGGCGAGGCGUGGCACGCCGCGGCCUGGUCGCCCGCCGGCGUGGGCCCUCGGCACACAUGCGUGCUUGCCGCCAUCAAUGCGCGGCGGCAGCUGAGCCUCUAUGUGUGUGAGGGCGACGCACGCACCGGGCCCUAUGUGAGCGUGGACGUGCCUUGUGGGCAGUGGGCCGAGGCACGCACGGGCGUCGCACGCACGCUCGCGACGCAGUGUUCCGCCGUGCGCUGGUCGCCGGUCUCGCCCCAGCGGCAUGCGUGGCUCGCGGCUGGCACGCGCGGUGGCGAUGUGGUGCUCUGGGACGCGUUCGAACGGCCGCCGCGCGUCGUGUCGAGUGUGCGUGUGCCGCAGGCCGUGUAUGCGCUAAGCUGGAGCGCAUGGCAGCCCGAUGGCACGGUGCGACUCGCCGUUCACGCGGCGGGGCACAUGCAUGUAUAUUCGCUGCGCGACGGGCCGGCGUGGACGCACGUCGGGACAUGCGCGAUAGGCCUAGCGCAGGUCUCGGACCUGCACUGGGCCGGCGGGCCGGUGCUGCACUGGUCGACGCCGAGUGCGCUCGUGUCGUGGCGCGCCGGGUCGGCGCCCGCGUCCGUGCCGCUGGACCUAGGCGUGCAUGCGGCUGGCAGCGAUGCACGCGGCACACUGCGUGACGACGGGCGCAUGUAUUCGCGGGCGGGCGUACAGAUCGCGGCGCUGCCCCAUGAGCAGACCGUGUGGGGCUACGCGCGUGAUCCGUCCGGCCUGGUGGCGACGCUCGCGAGUGCGGAUGAGACGGCGUCGUGGCGCUACAUGAUCAGCCACAAGCUCACACUCACGCUGUGGCUGCCCCGUGACCGGCCGCUGCCGGACGCCUCUCUCCCGCCGAUCGUCGCGUGGCGCGCGUGGGCGUACGCACUGGAGCGCGAGGCCGAUACGAGUGCGCUGUGGGCGCCGCUGCGUGAGCGUCUCGCCCAGCUGCAGGCACACGCCGAGGCCCUGGGGCAGCGUGAGGCCAGCGCGGCCGAAUGGCGCGCUGCGCACCGCGAAGCGCAGUGCUUGGCGUGGGGCGCGCACAUGGCGCCUGCGGCCGCCGCGCCGCACCUCGACGGGGCGCGCGAGCUGUGCGCGUGGCUCGGCCUGGCGGUGCGUGCCGCGGUGUGGGACGCCGCGAUGCCGGCCGCCUACACGCGGCGCCUUGCGCGGGCGCUAGCGCAAGGCGCGCACGCCCCCGGCACGUCGUCGGCUGUGGCAGCGUGCCUGCAGCGCCUUCGAGCGCGCCUGGCCGUGCCGCCCGCCGCCGACGCGGACGAGGUGUGCCCAGCGUGUGAUGCACACAUGCCGCCCGAGCUCGCUGCGACGGCGCGGUGUCCGGCCGGGCACCUGUUCGACCGGUGCGUGGUGACGUACGCGGUGAUUGAUGGGGUGCAUACCUGGACGUGUGGCGGCUGUGCGCGCCAGGCGUACGUGCCGGCGUGUGACGCUGUGUCCCAAUGGUGGCCAGCUACGACGGGCUGCCUGGCGUGUGGGAAUCGAUGGAGUGCCUAG